AUGGGAGCUGUAUGUGCUCAGAAGAGAAAAGAAAAGUUGAAGAGGCUUCCGCCUUCUUCUCACCACCGGAUAUGCCUCCUGAGCAACUUGCAGCAAACUCUCUUUGAGAAAGACGCAAGAGAUGAAGGUAAUGAUACUGAAGCCAGCAAGAUAAGCAAAUUAAGAAGGAUCAGAAAGAAAGUCCCUAAAACACAUACUUUUCCAACUGAAAUAGGAGAAAUGGAUAUAUCCAACUCAAAAGAAACAAUCAGAAACCAAAUGGUGUGCCACAAAUUGGGGGAUAUGAGCAGAACAAUAGUGGGACCCAGCUCUGCUGAAUCUCAUCCCCAACAAGACGACAAGGACUCCCAGGAUCAGACAAUAGUGAUAAAACCAUCGCCCCUCAAAACACCAGCCAACGCUCCUGGUGGCAAAUUUAACUCAAACUUCAGCUAUACUGGUAACACCAAGGACAGCACUCAAAUUCUCACCGCACCUCAACUCUCCUCUAGAAUGAAGCACAUUAAACAGGAGAUGGCCAAAAAUCACCUUCAGUUUGUGCGAUUUGAAGCAACAGACCUCCACGGUGUGUCCAGGUCUAAGAGUAUCCCAGCACACUUUUUCCAAGAAAAAGUGAUCCAUGGCGUUUACAUGCCCCGAGGUUAUCUUGAAUUGAUACCGCAUCCUAAGGACAAUGAAGUGGAUCACAUAAGAGCAACAUGUUUUAAUAGUGACAUAGUCCUGAUGCCUGAGCUAUCAACCUUCAGAGUCUUGCCAUGGGCUGAGAGAACUGCAAGAGUGAUUUGUGACACCUUCACUGUGACCGGAGAGCCUCUGUUGACUUCCCCCAGGUACAUUGCAAAGAGGCAGCUGAGCCAGCUGCAGGACUGUGGCUUUUCCCUGCUCUCUGCCUUCAUCUAUGAUUUUUGCAUUUUUGGUAUGCCCGAAAUUAUCAAUUCAAAGACCAUAUCUUUUCCUGCUUCAACACUGCUAAAUAAUCAUGACCAGCCCUUCAUCCAGGAACUCGUUGAUGGCUUAUAUCACACUGGAGCCAAUGUCGAAAGCUUUUCCUCCUCGACGAGGCCUGGUCAGAUGGAAAUCUGUUUUCUGCCCGAAUUUGGCAUCAGUUCAGCUGAUAAUGCAUUUACCCUCAGAACAGGUGUCAAGGAAGUGGCAAGGAAAUAUAAUUACAUUGCCAGCUUUUUCAUUGAGACUGGAUUCUGCAAUUCAGGAAUCUUGUCUCAUAGUCUCUGGGAUGUCUGUGAGAAGAAAAACAUGUUUUGCAGCAGUUCUGGAAUUGAGCAGUUCACAAUCACUGGGAAAAAAUGGUUGGCAGGACUCUUGAAGCACUCUGCUGCCCUCAGUUGCCUGAUGGCUCCUGCCGUCAGCUGCCGAAAGCGCUAUUCCAAGGAGAGCAGAGACCUGAGGGAGAGUGUGCCCACAACGUGGGGCUACAACGACAACAGCUGUGCUUUUAAUAUCAAGUGUCAUGGCGAGAAAGGCACCCGUAUAGAAAACAAACUGGGCUCAGCCACAGCGAAUCCUUACCUGGUGCUGGCGGCGACUGUUGCCGCCGGCUUGGACGGACUUCGAAGCAGCGAGGAUGUCUUGGUUGGUCCAGAUGACAGCACGGACCUUUAUCAAUUACAGCCUUCCGAGAUCCCUUUGAAACUGGAAGAUGCCCUUGUGGCCCUGGAGGAAGAUCAGUGUCUGAGGGAGGCCCUAGGAGAAACUUUCAUUCGAUAUUUUGUGGCCAUGAAGAAAUAUGAAUUGGAAAAUGAAGAAACAGAUGCUGAGAGAAAUAAAUUCUUAGAGUAUUUUAUUUAG